CGAACUGCUAACCCAGUGCAGAGAGUGGUAGGUCCUCAUGGAGGCACGAAUUUACGACUCAUCGCUUGCUGUAUCCCUAUCCGACCGGACCCCACUCUUGCAAAGGCAUGGAGAGGUCUAUGAUCAGAAGGCCGAGGCGGCGCCCUUGAAAUAUGGUCGUAUCUCCAAGGCUGCGGACACUCUCCAGAGAGCGUUUGCUAACGAUCCCAUCAUGAUCUACUAUGGGUCGGUCGACACCGCGCCAUUCUUCCACGCGCGCUGGAAGCUCAGGCACAACGUCACAUUGCUGGACGCAGUACACCAAAAGCGGGUGCUCACCGUGAACCAAGGGGACGCUGUUCUGGAGUACGGCAUCCCUGGAAACAAUACGCCCAGCACAGGGUAUAAGCUCUUCCAUAAGCUGUUAGAGAGUUUCGACACUCCCGAGCUCAAAAGGAGGAAGGCCGAAUUCCGUGGCAAGGUUAUGGAGUUUGUUAAAGACGCGUUUGGUGAGCAGGUCAACGACAUGUACGACCUACAAAUGUUGGCGACCGCUCCCGAAGCACAAGGGCGGGGCUACGGUUCGGCGCUGGUCAACGCUGUCACGGAUAUGGCAGACGCCGAAGGUCGAGACACAUGGGUCAUCACGGUCAACGCCUCCGGAUUCUACCAGCACCUUGGUUUCCAGAUCGUCCGUAAAGGCGUCCUGGGAGAUGACAACCCAAGUUGGGAGGGCAAGCCCGUCCCGGUCUUCGUGCUGCGAAAACGUGCCAGUAAGGCGAGGGUUGCGCCCAGGGAUGGCAUGACGGAGAAGUCCUAGAACGCUUGAAGGCUGGUUAGUUGACAAGUGGUCUGAAAGAAGAUUGAAUGGCAUCAUUGU